AUGACUGGCCCUCGGAUUAUGAGCCGGAAGACCAGCUUUUCUCAGCACGAGCGCGCAGUUCCAGUUCCCUUCAUGCCGCAAAUGGAAAUCAAUCAGGAAGUUGUGCUGGACGUAUACUGCACGGAAACCGAAGUAGGCGACACGGUGAUAGUGGUGGGCUCCUGCGAGGAGCUUGGACAGUGGAAUCCAAUCAGUGGGCUUCAGCUGUCCACUUCUCACGAGACCUUCCCACGUUGGAGGGGGAGCGUUCAUCUUAAAAGCACAGAUUUUGAGUUCAAGCUGAUGAUCGUGAAUGUCAAGAAAAAGUCCGCGGAAUGGGAGACAUCAGAGAAUCGGCGGUUUCAAUGUCCUGGCUGCAAAGAGGGCCAAUGGCAGGUUUCCUGCCGGUGGAACAACAGCUGCUGCAAAGUGCAGGCCAUAGAAGCUUCAGGGAAGAGCAUGCGAGUCAAGCAGGAUGCGGACGCAGCCCUGGCAAGGGCCGCCUUUAUGCCGACGGUGAGAGACACAGACUCAGACACGUUUGCAGCUACAAGUGCAACGUCGCCACAAAGAAGGACUGGACUAGCCCAGAUGAUCCCGCAGACCUCGGGAUACCCGAUGCAGAAGCAGCCCCACACUAUGACAACUGCCUUUACAGGCGCUACUCCUCAGCGAAGUACGUCGUUCAGCCCACUUCUGGCAGAGCAAUGGGCUCGCAGGGAGAACGCCUGCCCUUCUAAAAGCGAACAGCGCUUCUGUUUCAAGAUGAAGAAUGUGGAGGAGAAGGAUGCCAAGAACAUACAGGUUGAGCUCGUUCUUCAAGAGCAAAAGCCGGCCAUCACACUCAACAUGGAAAACUACGACGUGGAGGAGCAACAAGCGGCUUGGUUUUUGGCGGCCCCUACUACGGACUGGACUCCUGGCUUUCACUUUUUUUGCUUUCGUAUUAACGGUCUCCUCAUGCUUUCAGCUGACCACAUGUGUUUGGGCCACUGGAACGUCAUGCACCUGAAUGGUCCACUUCGUCGCUACCUGUUGGCCAGGGACUGCAGGGGUCAGCUAUCACACGGUGAACCCAUUCUCGAGACGAGACGGUCCAAGCAGAUUGUGGACAUGGCGAUGGAUUCCUUCGUGGCCUCCGGGUCAACAGCAGAUACAGUUGGCCUGCAGGAACUCGCCCGCCACUCCACCAUCGCUCGCCCUUACUCUGUCAGCGGAAAUUUACUUAGCAGCACCGAUUCGGAAGACAAAUCAGCUCACAAUUCGUUCAGGCCUUUCUGUUCCGCAGUGUACGAAGGUCUGUUUGACCGCGAGCUGAUCCUCCGCAUGGACGGGGUCGUCCUCCCAGAGCCUCCGAUGCCCCCAACGAGGACCGAGCCGCUUGAUGAAGGUAAACUGCGCCUUUGGGGCGGUGCCCACUCGAUCAAAAAAGCACACGGCAAAUGUGAAGACGCCUAUUUCCUCGAUGCACAUGGCAUGGGGGUUGCCGACGGCGUCGGCUGCUUCGCCACCUACAAGGACUAUGGAGUGGACGCCGCAGCGUACGCUGCGGACUUGAUGCAGCACGCCUGCCUGGCUCUGCAGCCCGGGGGCCGGGCCUCAGAAACGGAGAUGGGCGUCGCAGACCGCGCUGCCCUGGCCGUGGCAGAAGCCGAGUCAAGAGCGGUGGCUUUUGGUGGCUCUACCAUUGCAGUGCUGUGCCAAAACAGAUCGCAAAUAGGAGUCGCCAACCUAGGCGACAGCGGCUUCCUUCUGCUGCGACGUGGAAGGAAGGGCAUGCGCAUUGUCACAAGAUCCCGAGAGCAACAGCACGCCUUCAACUGCCCAUACCAGCUCACUCGCUUACCUGAGGCCCUGUUGGGACGUGUCUCGAAGAAGCGGCUCGCGAAAAUCGACACAGCCAGUGACUGCGAGUAUUAUACCGAAGAAAUCGCACAAGGUGAUCUUGUGCUCAUGUUCUCAGAUGGCUUCUCAGACAACAUGCACGACCACGAGCUUCUGGAUAUUGUCAACAAAGCCCUGUCGCCAGCCAACGCAGACAUGCUUGGGGUUUUGGACCGUUGCACUCCCCCGGCUACCAUCGCCAAGGCCCUUGCCUUGGCGGCCCUGGAGAGGUCGAUUGACGAAACGGCCACGGUGCCAUUUACGGCAACCGCAAAGCGGCACAAGGUCGAGUGCCGUGGGGGCAAAGAAGACGACAUCACUGUCGCAGCGGCAUGGGUGGUUCCUGACCAGUCAGGGCUCACUCCCGAUUCCGUGAAUGUGGAGAAGAUUCUGAAGCACAUGCACGCAGAGGCGGCCAGAGAGGUGUCUCAUGAAGAGUGCCGAGACGAGGAGACUAAAGGAACCCUUGCCAGGACAUUGUUUGAAUCAAGAACUCGCGCACGAGGUACUGUCCAGGCUGGCGACAGCAAGGUCGAGCUCUGUGGGCACAGGGGGCCAUCACUCCGCCCCUUGAGCUCCUCAAAGGUCGUGUAG